UGCGUUUUUCCAAUAACUUUACCAACUGGCUUUGGGUGCGCUGCACAAAACCGAGGAGAAAUAAUGGGUGAUGUCGACAAAUGGAUAGAGAUUGUAAAGGAUUGCAAGUAUUUGCCAGAAAAUGAAUUGAAAAAACUCUGUGAUAUGGUCUGUGACAUACUGUUGGAGGAGACAAACAUACAGCCAGUGAGCACGCCCGUCACAGUAUGUGGCGACAUACACGGCCAGUUCUAUGAUCUGGAGCAGCUAUUUAGAACUGGCGGCCAAGUGCCCGACACGAAUUACAUAUUCAUGGGCGAUUUUGUCGACCGGGGCUAUUACAGCCUGGAGACAUUCACCCGUCUGCUGACGCUCAAGGCCCGCUAUCCCAGCCGCAUAACAUUGCUGCGGGGCAACCACGAGACGCGCCAGAUAACAAAGGUUUAUGGUUUCUUCGACGAAUGCUUUAGUAAAUAUGGUAAUGCGAAUGGCUGGAAAUACUGCUGCAAGGUAUUCGAUCUGCUCACAAUCGCUGCGAUCAUUGACGAGAGCGUACUGUGCGUGCACGGCGGUCUCAGUCCGGAGAUAAUAACGCUAGAUCAAAUACGAACAAUCGAGCGCAACGGUGAGAUACCCUAUAAGGGCGCCUUCUGUGAUCUGGUCUGGUCCGACCCGGAGGACAUGGAAUACUGGGGCCAGAGUCCGCGUGGCGCCGGCUGGCUGUUUGGCCAUAAUGUGACCAAAGACUUUAUGACCAUUAACAAUCUGGACUUGAUAUGUCGAGCACAUCAGCUGGUCAACGAGGGCAUCAAGUACAUGUUCGAGGGCAAACUGGUCACCGUUUGGUCCGCGCCCAACUAUUGCUAUCGUUGCGGCAAUGUGGCGGCCAUACUCAGCUUCGAUACGGCGCAACAGAGGCAAACGAAAAUCUUUCUGGCCGUGCCAGACUCGGAGCGUGUCAUACCCAAACAGAAUACGACGCCCUAUUUCUUGUAAAGCUCCAAGCACGACAAUGAAAACAAACCAUCCAACGACCUACCGCACGUCCGACCGCCUGCCCGACCGACCGCCCGCCUGCCAGUCAACUGAGGUUCGCACUGCCAGCGACCAAAUAGAUUGAAUUAAAUAGCCGCGAAAUCGGCAGACGCCAGCAGAGAAACCAAAACAUAAACACACACACACACACACACAUAGUCACACACAGUGACACUUACACCAAUACCAAUGCACACACAAGCUUGUAAACAGCAUAAUUCAGCACUUAGAGAGAGAGAGAGAAUCGUAUUCAUUAUUAUGCUCAAAAGAUUUGUUCAGCCUUGUAUUUUGUUCCCGGUUAUACGGCCGUUAUUUUUAUAUAUAUAUAUAUAUAUAUAUAUUCUUAUCUAUUCGUUUAACAAAUAUCAUUUAAUAUACAUAUAUAUAUAUAUAUUUUUUAAUUAUUUUUUUUUUGUUCACCUUUGUGCUAUUUGUAUUUAAAUAUUCAUUGUGUGGCACAGAGCAAACCGAAUUAGCGCCCCGUUCAAAAGGAUAACUCAUAAAAGCAAAAGACAACAUGUAAAUGCAUUUCUUUUUCUUAACAUUAAUUAAGUGAAAGUUAUUGUAGAGAUUUAACAAAAACACAAAAAACACAAAAAACAAAAAAACAAAAAACGAACGUUUAUCAAUUUGCCUGUAUUUAGGUAUUAAUGAAUACUUUCUGUUUCCGAUAUUCAAAUUGUUGGGUAGACUUUAAUUGUUUUGCCUACAAAUUUACUAAAUGUUUAAUAGCCUCUAUGCUAAGUACAAAAUAUAGAUCGCAUCGCAAA